UUGUUUUGUUAUCUGUUUUUUACUUAUAAACUGAGUUUUGUAAACAGUUUCUAAAAUUUCAUCAAUGGUAUCUACUAGACUAUUUUCAAAAAUGUGAGUGAAAUUAUGUGAAAAGUAAACACAAGGUUUCAGUGGACGAAUGAACAGGCUUAGGAUGUGAAGUAUAUAGUAUUGCAUAGAAUUCGACUUUCCUCUUUUAUAUUCGUGAAAAAGACAACCUACAGAUUCAUACAACCACAAUGGGUAUAGCAGAUAAACUUCCAGAUGCUCAUGAAGAGUACAAGAAUCUGCCUUGGAUACAACUGGAGAUCGUGUCACGUCAGGAGUGGGGUGCUUUGCCUCCAAAGUCUGUUGAGGAGUUUGACAGCUUCCCUAUCAGGGACGUUCUGAUGAGCUACACGGAAACCGACAAAUGUGAAGAUAAGGAGAGCUGCAUCAAAAUGAUGCAGGAACUGCAGCAGAAACACAUGUCUGAAGGAGAGCCUGACAUACGAUUUAGUUACGUUGUUGGGUGGGAUGAGCGAGUUUAUGAAGGAAGAGGGUUCAGAACCAAAACAGGAGCCAACCCGAGGUAUCCAUGGUUACAAGGAAAAAGUGUCGAGGUAGCCUUAAGUGGACAGAGAGGAGAAGUUCCACGUCCAGGUGAAAAAACCGCAAUUAUGUACCGUCUGCUCGACAUUCACUCAUUUGACAACGGACCAAUCUCUUUCAAAGACCAGAAGAUCGUACUGGACUACGAAGAACCUUCAUACGUGGACGACAACAAGCUGCUAGCGAUUGUUCAAGAUUGCAACAAUUGGACAAGACCGCUACGUGAGGAAGUGGCAGGAAUGUACCAUGCAGUGUGGGGAGAGUGAAGUGACCAAACUAUCCGACAGUGCUAGUGUAUUUAUUUGUAAUGUAUUAAAUAUAAUUCGUAAAAAGUG